AAGAAUAUUCUUAUUCAUAGCAAUGUCUGGUCCACAGUGCUGCGCGAACCCGCCGACCCUUGAUCCGAGUAGCGGAGCGGGACGCGUUGAGCAACUGGGUGGCCUCGACGCCUAUGUGGUCGGCUCGCAAGACUCCAAGCUCGCGAUGCUCCUGCUGUCCGACGUCUACGGGUAUGAAGCUCCGAAUUUGAGGAAACUUGCGGACAAAGUUGCAGCUGCUGGUUUCUAUGUGGUUGUUCCUGACUAUUUCUAUGGAGAUCCCUAUGCUCCUGAGAAUCCUGAGAGGCCUUUAGUGGUUUGGAUAAAGGAUCAUGGAACUGAUAAGGGAUUUGAAGCUACAAAACCAAUUAUUCAAGCUCUGAAAAGUAAAGGCAUAUCUAAGAUAGGGGCAGCAGGCUUCUGCUGGGGCGCUAAGGUUGGGGUUGAGUUGGCUAAGUGUGAGCUCAUCCAAGCUGCCGUGCUAUUACACCCUGCAUUUGUCACUCUUGAUGAUAUCAAAGAGGUUAAGGUUCCUAUUGCUGUGCUGGGAGCUGAGAUUGAUCGUUUUUCUCCACUUGAACUCCUCAAACAGUUUGAAGAGGUGCUUGCUGCUAAGUCCGAGGUGGAUGGAUUCGUGAAGAUCUAUCCUAAAACUUCUCAUGGAUGGACGAUAAGAUACAAGGUCGAAGAUGAAGCUGCUGCGAUGGAGGCACAUUCAGACAUGAUACAAUGGUUUGUGAAGUUUGUCAAGUAAAACACCACAUCCCACCAAUAGUAAAUUGGAAGUAGGAUGUGAUUAUAGAGUAUGAUGAUAUACGAGUUGUCAGGACCCAUAUUUCUCGUCUCUCAAAUUAUCUGGACUUUAUGUGGUGUAAUAUGUAAGAGCUGUAAAGAAUGAUGUCAACAGCUCUAGUAUAAGAUAAGAAAGAUAUCGACUAUUUACUUCUUA